UUCUAUCACCGCGGCUAUUGACACCAUACAAAGAAAUAGCUUGACAAUUAUGUGCACUGCGCUUAUUUUACAUUCAUCUUGGAUAAAUAGAGAUUGUAUUUGAAUUUUAUUCUGUAUGAAUAGUCGACAUAGUGUACCUAAUAUCUAUAUCAUACAGCAAAUGCAUUGGAUAUCUAUCAACAAAUAUAUGUUAUACUAUUGCAUGAUUGGGUUACUUUCGGAGGAGUUCAUUACAAAUUAUCUUCCUAGUUUAGAUCUCAACACAUCGCCAUCAUGUUACAGAAGUAUUUGAUUUUCUUGGCUUUACCACUGUCCACAGCUUACGAAAACAUUGCCCUCAACAAACCGGCAUGGCAACUUCAUCAAUAUGGACCAGGUAACGACAUAUUCAAUGCAAGUAAUGCUGUAGAUGGAUUCAAAUCUAACCUCACUGCCUGGGGAGGAGAGUGUGCCAUAUCAAAUAAUGAUAAACAGAUAGCCACAUGGAGAGUGGACCUAGAGGAUAUCCUCAGUAUACGUCACAUUACCAUUUAUUACAGGACGGGGAAUGCUGCAUGGAAUUCGACAAAUGGUUUUUCUGCAAGAUUUUUGGGAUUUUCUUUAUACGUAUCAAACACAACCGACAAAACACAAGGUCAUCUGUGUAUUCCUGACACAAAUUAUACAAUACACACCAUACCCGCCGUCCUCAAUGUCACGUGUUCAGUUCACGGACGAUACGUCAUCUACUACAACGAAAGAAAACAAGGAAGGGCCAACCCUACUAGUUAUAGUAAAUACGCAUUUAAUGAACUCUGUGAAGUAGAGGUUUACGGUUGUCCAGUAUCCGGUUACUACGGACCUGACUGUUCGACCCCUUGUUCUGAUACCUGUCGAUACUGUCACAUAGAGACAGGAGCCUGUCAGGGAUGUAAACCUGGAUACCAGGGACAUCGAUGUGAAUCACCUUGCAGUCAUCAGUAUUACGGUGAACUAUGUAAGGAGACCUGUGGUAACUGUAGUGACGGGGUGACGUGUAACAAUGUGAACGGAACGUGUACAAACGGAUGUGACGUCGGUGUCUAUGGAGCUAAAUGCAUAACACCGUGUCCUGUUGGUUGGCAAGGGAAAAACUGUUCUCUAGCGUGCACUAAUUGUGACAGGUGUGACAGAUUUACAGGACAUUGUAUAUCUUCCUGUUAUACAGGUUGGAAGGGAGCAACUUGUACCGAUGAAUGUGACGGAAGGACAUAUGGACUUGGCUGUGAAUAUAAAUGUGGAGCCUGUCUAGAAUAUAAACAAUGUCACCACGUAAACGGAUCAUGUCUAAAGGGAUGUGAUUCCGGAUUUCAAGACGAUCUUUGUAAAACUGAAUGUUUACCUGGGAAUUUCGGAGAGAACUGUGAGGAAAUUUGUUCUGAUAAUUGUGAGGGCGAUCCCAAAACUUGUAACGGAAUAACGGGAGAAUGCACGGCUGGAUGUCGUCCAGGCUAUGAUGGGCUAAGAUGUGACAGGGAAUGCUCUGUGCAAAAGUAUGGUGAGAAUUGUAACCAGACCUGUGGAAAAUGUAGGGACAGUGUGAGAUGUCAUCAUGUGAAUGGAACCUGCUUCAAUGGAUGUGACAAAGGGUUUUCGGGGAAAUUUUGCAACGAAGAAUGUGAAUCGCAGUACCAUGGAUAUAACUGUGCAGAUAACUGCAGUACAACAUGCAUCAACCAAACAUGUGAUUCUAUUGACGGAAAGUGUUUCGGAGAGCAGACGGUACAAGAAAAGAAAGUCACACCUGAAGAUAACAAUCUAGCCCCUAUCAUAGGUGGUGUUGUCGGCGUACUAUCAGCAUGUCUGCUGAUUGUUAUUAUAUUUUUGGUGCUGAGAAGAUAUAGAUCACAGAGACAAGGAAUAAAGACACAGAGAGCCAUGCCAUCCAAAAAAGACAACUUUCAAGAAGAUUUUAGCAGUCUUGAAGAAAGCCAUCCAUCUUCUUCCAAACACCGAGAAAACGUAUACAUGAAUUCAGAAAUCAAGAAACCACAAAUAAGUCCAAAGAAAAGCUAUGAGGCUGAGGUUGAUGAGGACGAGCUGAUUCACUCAGAAAAUCCUUACGGAGACGCGUACUUGAAUGAGAUGACCAUACCAGAUAUACCUUUAAAUCGGCUGGAGUCAGUAAUAGCGGAGAAAAGAAAAGACAACAAUGACGGAUUCCAGCAAGAGUAUGCUACUUUGCCAUAUGGAGAGCAGUAUUCAUGUGAAGCUGGAAAGAAGGGAGGGAAUAUCGUUAAGAAUAGGUUUAAAACAACAUUUCCAUAUGACCAUUCAAGAGUAAUCUUGAAAACGGGAGCGGAUUACAUCAAUGCCAAUUACAUUGAGGGAGCCAGAAGAGAUAGAGAAUACAUCGCAGCACAGGGACCUAGACCAAACACUGUGGGUGACUUCUGGAACAUGGUUUGGCAGGAGAAUGUUUCUGUUAUUGUAAUGGUGACAAAUCUAAAGGAAGGAAAUAGGAAUAAAUGUGCAAAGUACUGGCCCGACCCAGACAAACACAUCGGAUACGGAAAUGUUUCCGUGAAAAUGAUUGAAGAAAAACAUUACGCGUUCUACACUGUGCGUAAAUUGACCGUGAUUCACAAAGAGACGAAGAAGACGCGCUUCCUGACGCAAUACCAAUAUACGUCCUGGCCUGAUCAUGGAACUCCUGAUCCCCUUUGUCUCGUGGUAUUCCAUAAUCACGUGACCAGAACAAGGACCAAUCAGAUUAACUCCCCGGGCGUCGUGCACUGCAGCGCUGGCAUAGGUCGAACGGGAACAUACAUUGCGUUAGACAUCCUGGAACAGAUGGGAAGAAAGAGGGGAAAGGUGAACGUCGCAGAAUGUGUUAAAAGGAUGAGAGAAAACAGAAUGAACAUGGUCCAGACCUACGAACAGUACAUCACAAUAUUUCUUGCGUUAUAUGAAAUAGUCAAAUCUCCGAUUAAAAGCAUGACAGCAACAGAGUGUGCUGCUUGGGCUGAAACCAUGACCACCGAUAAACCAGCAAAUCAGAGCGUGCUGCGGGAAGAAUUUCAGCAUUUAAUGUCCAUUCGACCCACUUACACCGCUCUUGACUACACAAUAGCCAAAGAACGCCAAGGAGACAUUUACAGCAAUGCUAUAUUACCAUUGGACAGAUAUAGUAUUUAUCUCUCGUCUGCUGUACCCAACCGUGGAAGUUUCAUCAACGCCAUUUCUGUACCAUCGUAUACAAACAGUAAGGGAUUCAUAGUGACGGAGUUCCCACAGACAGAGGAUGCUGUGGACUUCCUGCGUCUCCUGGUGGACCACGAAUCGGACACUGUAAUAUGUAUGAAUCCACUCAAAGGCAUUGGAUCGACUGAGGCAUGGUUUCCACAUCCCUCCUUUUCGAAGUCCCUUCCCCCGUACACGGUUCACUGUCAAUCAAAGUCCGGAUCUGACGUCAUCAGCACUACUAUCCACAUCCUUCACAGUGAAGAUGAGAUUCACCAAGCUACAAUCUUCGAACCUAAGAUCAAUACAUCCGGCUCUUCUCCAGAUACCUCCCAACUCCGCAGUCUGGUGACUGCCGCUUUGAGUGUGAAUACAGAAAAUCCUACCACGAUCGUUAGCAGCGAUGGUGCUUCCAUGUGCGGAGUUUUCUGCGCCAUUUACAACGUGAUUCAGCAGAUCACCCUGGACGAUGCCGUUGAUGUGUUUACAGUCGUACGUCAGCUUCACAUCAGAAGACCGGAACUUUGUGCAAAUCUCGAUGAAUACAGCCUGGUCGUCAAAGCAGUUUCUGAUCACAUCCAAAACUCCGCCGAAAACAUUUACUCGAACCAGUAGAGCAUUGAACCGCCGUGGCGGGUGUGGUUUUUUAGCGGAGUAGAUCACGAAAUUGUCAAAGUUGCGAUGGACCGACAUUUUGUUUACUAGAACCGCUUGUCUCUAUUCCAUUUUAUCAGAUAAAUCGUUUGUCUUUUUUCUAUACUGUGAUAACCAAAGUAGCAGCCAUUAUGAUAUUAGUAUCUUAGACUUUAGUAAUGAAUACUCAAAGCAAAAUUUUAAUCUUUUCAAAGAUAUUAUACAGAUGUUCAUUUAACAGGGUGUGUUACACAUGUAAUCUUUCGUACACAACUAGCAUUACACAUGUAGAAUGAUAACUUUUCAGUGUGGUGGUAUGUAUAUUCAUAUAUGCUAAUUUGUUUAAAUACAGGGUUGGGUUUUUUUCCACAUGCGAUAAAGCUAACUGUAUAAUAGCCGUGUCAACCCUAGCCUCGAGGUCUGAUACGGAUUCUGCAGAAUUGUUAUUCUGGAUCACCCCCGCAAAAAAAUUUAUCAGGGCCCAAAUUCAUUAAUUGCUGAAAACUACAUUAAAUGCAUUAUUUUUAAAGGUUGUUUGUGAACAAUGCAGAAUACUGACUGUGAUAAUAACCUUAAAUAUGCGAUUCAUUAAAUUUUUCGUUACAAUGUUAAGUUGUUACCGUAUGUCUGUGACAAAUAUCAAGGUUUUUGGUGUUGGUUGUAGUUAUUUGAUGGAAAUAAUCAUUAUUAUUAUUGUUUGGCUUCAUAUGAAAAUAUGUUAUGUAUUGUAUUGCUAAGCAUGUAUUAAAUAUCCCUCGGAUUUAUAUUGGUGUAUGGGACUGAUACAGGGUGUGAUAUUGGUGUUUAGGACUGAUACAGGAUGUGAUAUUAGUGUAUGAAACUGAUACAGGAUGUGAUUUGGAAAAGACAUAUUCAUGCAUGAUUAUAUCUACUAACUAAACCAUUAUUUGCAUAUACCCGGUUAUUAUUUCGCUGGGCUUUUUUUUUUUUUUUAGUGUUUUGUUUUUAUUUGCUAGUUUUUAUUUGUGUCCAGUUUAUCAUUAUGAAGUUUAGCAUCAUAUGCAUGAAUUUUUUGUAUUCUCCAAUUUUACAUUUACCUGUAAACAUGGUAUAGAGUAGCAUAUUGGUUUAGAUAUUUGUUUAUAUUGGUUAUGGGUUUUCAACAUGUUUUACGAGGGCUGAUGCAAUGGUUCGAGGACCCCCUCCCCCCCCCCCCCGGAAUUUUAUUGUGAUUAAACAACAACAUAGAAUAUACAUAGCUAUGAAGUAGAGAUUGUAUCUGCAGUUAGAUAUGACUACAAAAUUUACAACUUUAUGACAGUUUCUAUAUACAUGUAGUCACACAAGCACUUUGAAAAGGGUAUGUGGUGAAAUCACGGGGAAUCUUUGACGUGAAGUGCAUGACGGUAACAGCUGUCAUGUUGGUGUCGAUGAUAAGUUUUGUUGUGAAAUAGUGAUUUACUUACUAGCUCAAUGACAGAAAAAUUAGGUAUAUCAACCUUUGUUAUCAAUAUUUCUGUUAGAGAAUCUAUUCAGAGGCUCUGAAUAAAGCAAAAUUACAUUAUUUUCAUCCUGUACAAAAAUUAUAUUUAUAAUGCUAUAUUUAUAUUCAAUAGAAUCAAAAUCUUAAACUUAAUUUUAAUUCCAUCAAUGAUCAUGGUUAAAGUUACAUACCAAACUACCAUAAUAGCACAGUUUUACAGCAAAAUAAAAUUUUCAGAUACAGAACUAAUAUGAUAUUGCUUAAAAUGUCGCGUCAUAUCCCACUGUUUUUAACCUUGCAACAAAAAUCAAAUCUUUUCGAGAUAGUAUCCGCCUAUUUCUAUUCAUAGUUUUAUGGCGUUUCACACUGUGUCAUACACGUAUGUGUCCUUAUACCUCUGAUAAUCAAUUGCAAACUCCGAAACAAAUCCCUGUGUUGCAGCACAAAGAUCGUCGCUUUUCAAAUCGCAAACCUUUUCCUUCACCUUUUCAGAGAAAAUUACGAAAAUCUUAAUAACCGGUUGAUUUUCGAUGUUUUUAAUGAUGUCAUAUUAGACGAGGACGCACAAAUAGAAUAACUAAAUAAUCAAUAAAUCCGACGGAACCUGCACUCAACGUUUUGUUGUAUGAACAAGUUUUAUGUAUAUUAUGACCUCCGUUUGGUUUUACAUUACUUUUCGGCUGUUCUUCUUUAUAUACAUCAGAAAUAGCCGCAAUACUAACAAAAUAAGAAUGAUAUAAAACCUCCCCCGUAUUUCACAUCCAUUUCUAUGUCAACGCGGCACUGUUCAAAAUUUUUAAAAUGUUUUUUUUUUUUUACAUUUUACAAAUUAACUCAGAACAUUAUCAUGUAUUACUAUCUCUUUUGAGAAAACAACACAACACCCCCCCCCCCCUAAAUAAAAAACAAGAACUCUGUAUCAGCCCUCGCAUUUGUUAACUAAUUACGUCAAUUCAUUGAGCUGAUAUAUCUGAUAUAUUUUAUACUUGUACGAUGAUCUUCAAUAAAAUUUUGAGAUAUCCAGUGGUUUGAUAAAUCCGAACUUGUUAAAUUUUGUUGAAAUGACUUUAUCAAUAUGUUUCCAUUUGUCAUUUGAUACAUAACACUUACUUACCUACACUAUACAUAAAGAUCACGCUGUACUA